CAGAAGAAGGCCCGCACCCCAGGCACAUAAGCAUGCCAUAACCCGGAGACAAGCUCCAUGGCUCCUACGAACGCGGGGCUGAAUCUACUUACCGAGGGAGUACACGAAGGCUUUAGGUCUCCCAUCCGCCUCGAAACGGACCACUGUUCCGCCUCGCAGCCAUCUCCCCUCCGCCACGCCGCGAUCCUCCCUGCCACCCCGACGCGUAUCUCCCUUCUGCCUCGACGCGUAUCUCCCUUCCGCCACGGCGCGUAUCUCCCUUCCGCCGCGUAUCUCCCUUCCGCCACGGCGCCAUUCCCCAACCUCCGGGCCGCCCAUCACCCUUCCGCCACGGCGCCCGCCUCAGUGCCGCCCCUCCGCAUUUCUCGUAUCCGCCUCUACGCAUUUCAACCAUUUGCUUUGCCGCCCGUAUCCCUUCCGCCACGACACGAUACUCCCUCCCGACUCGCCGCGACUGUCCCUACCGCCUCCCCACAACGCUCAUCCAUCAUCCCGACGUCCUUCUCCCUUCCGCCUCGACGCCCCCCUCCCGUCCGCCACGACGUGUUUCUCCAGUCCGCCGCGACGCGUUUCUCCCAUCCGCCACAACCAUGCGUUACUACAGUCCCCCUCGACGCGUUUCUCCCGUCCGCAGCGACGCGUUUCUCCCGUCCGCCUACACGCGAUUCUCCCUGCCGCACCUCCGCGUUUCCACCAUCCACCUCGCCGCCCUACGCCCUUCCGCCUCGCCGCCCUAUUUCCUUUCGCUCCGCCGCCCCACUCCCUUCCGCCUCGACGCCCUACUCCCUUCCGCCGCGACGCCCUACUCCCUGCCGCCUCGACGCCCUACUCCCUUCCCCCUCGCCGCCCUACUCCCUUCCGCCUCAACGCCCUACUCCCUUCCGCCUUAACGCCUUUCUCCUUUCCCCCUCAACACCAGCGACCUCAGGCCCGACGCACGUCGCCCUUCUCAUCGUCGCUGCGCCCCACGAUUCCGCAACAGGACGAUAAACAAAGGGGGAGCGUCACCGUCCGCCCUGACCCGCGCUGGCCGACUUCCAUCCACACGACGCGUCCAAGCUGCCCCGCUCCCACGCUCCUCCAUCUCCACCCAUCCCGUCCUAUCUCCUCUCAUCUCCUCCCAUACCGUCCAUUCUCCCCCCAUCUCCACCCAUCGCCACCCAUACCCACUCAUCUCCUCCUAUCCCAUCCCAUCACCACCCAUGACCUCCCAUCCCGGUCUUCCCAUCCCGUCCCAUCUCCACCCAUUUACACCCAUCCCGUCCUAUCUCCUUAUCUCCUCCCAUCCUAUCCCAUCUCCACCCAUACCCACUCAGCUCCUCCCAUCCCAUCCCAUCCCCACUCAGCUCCUCCCAUCCCGUCCCAUCCCCACUCAGCUCCUCCCAUCCCAUCUCAUCCCCACCGAGCUCCUCCCAUCCCGUCCCAUCCCCACUCAGCUCCUCCCAUCCCGUCCCAUCCCCACCCAGCUCCUCCCAUCCCGUCCCAUCCCCACUCAGCUCCUCCGCAUGAUUUGUGCAUCUCUGGGAACAACCACUUGCUCGGCGCGCGAGUUGUAUUGUCCCACGACUCUAUGGACACCCUACUCCAUACCUCUCUCAUAAAAGAUUUUUUCCCCGACUUGGGAUUUAAUCCAGCAACCCCACCUCCCACAUCCCGUAGCCAGGCCCAUAGUUCUCCUUUUGUGAAUAGCAAUAAAUCCCCACAACACUUGACAUCACUAACCCGUAUGUUCUUUACCCGCGCCUCAACAAUUUUUUUUUACGAACAAUUUGACUAGGGACCUGGCCUUGUGCCAUGUAUCCAUCUGCCGCUCGAAACCCUCCCAAUCU